UCCCCCUCCACACACACACACACACACACACCAUGGGCGCAUCUCUCACAUCACACCGUCGCUACAUUUAAGCCUCAUCGGCUGCAUUAGACGCGACCUGAGAACACAAAGAUUCGGUUUGCUCUUGUCCCCGUGGACACCGCUGAGGUCGUUUUUCAGCUGUGGCGACAGAAUGAAGCGGCUUUUUAUCAGAGCUGUGCAGGACAGAGCCAUGAACCCCUGGCUGCUCUUCGCUCUGCUCGGACUCUGUUCAGCAUUUGGACCCAGUAAACAGGAAGAAGAGGACUAUGAAGAUGUGCCCAUAAAUAAGACCUGGGUCUUAUCACCAAAGAUCUAUGAAAGCGAUGUGACUUUGAUCCUAAAUAAACUGCUGCAGGGUUAUGAUAACAAACUGCGGCCUGACAUUGGAGUGAGACCGACAGUGAUUGAAACAGCUGUAUAUGUCAACAGCAUUGGACCCGUGGACCCCAUCAACAUGGAAUACACCAUUGACAUCUUCUUUGCCCAGACAUGGUAUGACAGCCGACUGAAGUUCAACAGCUCAAUGAAGUUGCUCAUGCUUAAUAGUAACAUGGUAGGCAAAAUCUGGAUUCCUGACACAUUCUUCAGGAAUUCACGCAAAUCAGAUGCCCACUGGAUCACCACUCCCAACCGCCUCCUGAGACUGUGGAGCAAUGGGAGAGUCAUGUACACACUAAGGUUGACUAUUAAUGCGGAGUGUUACCUUAAGCUGCAUAACUUUCCAAUGGAUGAGCACUCGUGCCCACUGGAGUUUUCAAGCUAUGGCUAUCCCAAGAAUGAGAUCAUGUACCGGUGGCAGAGACGGGCAGUAGAGGUAGCAGACCAGCGGUACUGGAGACUCUACCAGUUUGCCUUUGUAGGGUUGAGGAACACCUCUGAUGUGGCACACACCCAGUCAGGUGAAUAUGUAAUCAUGACGAUCUUUUUUGACCUGAGUCGAAGAAUGGGCUACUUUACCAUCCAGACCUACAUUCCCUGCAGUAUGAUUGUGGUCUUGUCCUGGGUCUCCUUCUGGAUCAAUAAGGAUGCAGUCCCAGCUCGCACAUCUCUAGGUAUCACCACAGUUCUCACCAUGACAACUCUAAGUACCAUCUCCAGAAAGUCCUUGCCCAAGGUUUCUUACGUCACUGCUAUGGACCUGUUCGUCUCUGUUUGCUUCAUCUUCACCUUCGCUGCCCUCAUGGAGUAUGGCACUCUGCACUACUUCACCAGCAACAGACAGACCAAGAAGGCUAAAGCCAACAAUAACACACAGCAGAAAGCAUCCAGCAUGGUGAAUAUCCGACCUGGGACAUCCCUGCUGCAGAUGAACAACAUUGUGCCGUAUCACGAGGAGGAUGAUUAUGCUUAUGAGUGUUUGGAUGGAAAAGACUGCACCAGCUUCUUCUGCUGCUUCGAUGACUGUCGCUCAGGUGCCUGGCGUGAAAACAGGAUGCACGUGCGGGUUUCCAAGAUUGAUUCUUACUCACGAAUAUUCUUCCCCACCGCUUUUGGCCUUUUUAAUCUGGUUUAUUGGAUAGGUUAUCUGUAUCUAUAAAACUAGUUGUCCUCAAAGAAGGACAACUGAAGUUUAACAUUUGCAAACAUUUCACAGGAGCAAAGCUGCUCUUGUAGCAUAAAUAUACUCAGCAAACAUGUAUGGCAAAAAAGUUAACAAAAUUUAAAUCUAAACAUAAAUUGUGAAUGACAGUGCCUUGUUUUUCCCCCACUAGUAAUCAGGUAUGGCAAAUUUGUGAUGUCAGUCACAAUAAGAGUCCCCAGUGGGUAAUUCCUAAUCAUUAUGUUGACCCUCUGACCUUUCAUUUAACAGCAAAUGUAAAAUUCCUAGUAAGGUAGCCCAGACAUCCUUCGCUUCCAGGCUAGAUGGGAUAUGUAAUCCCUCCAGCAAUUUCUGGGUCACCUAUGUAUGAAAAUGGCCACAGAACGACAUCCAACAUACAUCCUAAUCACAUGCAUGAACAUCUCAAGUCAUUCCUUUCAUCAAGGGGUAAGGAAUGGAAUACAGACUAGAAAAUGCUUUUUUUGCAGAAAAUGCUGUGUGAAUGCUGCAGUAAUGCUGUAGCAAUGCUUAAAAUAGCAGAAUAUAUGAAAAGCAGAAUAGCAAAAUUGUGGAAAAGGUUGAAAAUUUUAAGAAGCAUAAAUAGCUGAAAAACAUUGAAUAAGCAUAAAUGUAAAAAGGUUAAAAAGUUAACACAUUUGAUAGCGAAAUGGUUUCUGCAGCGGAAAGUGCAGGAGUAAUCGGUAAAAUUUCACUGCAGGAGCCAGGAAUCGAACCGCCAACCAAAAACUCCCAUAGGAUCCCAUUCAUUUUUUAAUUGAUAAAAAAAUUAAUAUAAAAUUGCCCAUAAACAUCAGCAAAAAGUUGAAUACAAGCCGCAGCAUUCACGCUAUUUUUACAGUCCAGCUAACCCAUUGACAAGACGCUGAGAUUCUUGAAGUCCCUCCCUUGUGGCAUUAAAUCUCUACCAACCCAUUCCUACACCCAUUGCAGCUCUGACUCUGGAAAUGUUUGCACAAGUAAAACUUCAGUGUACACAGAGGAGAUAUUGCCAUCAAAACACAAACAAGAAAAAAACAGGCCAAAUGUUUGUUUACUGUUUGCUACCAUGCUACUGAUAUUAUUGGGAAGCAAGAAUGAGGAGGUGCAUUGCACUUUAUAGCUGUGAUGUGGAAUGGAGGGUUAUUGUUCCCUCUGUUAAAGGUAUAUUCCCUGAUAUUCUGAGAGAGGCCAGGAGCUUUUUAUGAUGGAAACUCAGUUGAAUUUCAAUAAUCACUUGAGAUUUAAAAGAUGAACAGUGAGUUUUGGGAAAUCUGGGAUUCAGGAACACUAUUGGUCAACACAACUCAACCAGGGAAUGUAUCUUUAAAUAUCUGUACAAGCUCAUAAGGGUUCUAUUUUUCUAGUCAACAACUUGUAGUGUGAUGAUUAAUGAGGUCAGACUGGGUCAGCCUCUGCUCAGAGGCUACUGCAUGGAAUAGCUUUGUAAAACCUUGUAAAACCUUGUCAAACAGUGCAUUUUAAUGAAGAGUGAUGGUUGUUUUUCCCAGCAGCCAGAUUUUAUACCCUGAUAAGUUACAAAAAAUGAUGGAAUUGUCGUUGAUGCACUGUUCAGGCUAAUACUUAUACACUCUCUGAAAACCUCUGUUCAAAAUUUAAAAUGUCCUGCUCUAAAUAGUACAUUUCCUUUCUGAAGAUGUAUGAGAAAACAAUGUCCUUUACUCUACAGCUCAUAGAUUACUUGAAUUUCCUUUUAUACAGUUCUGUUGCAUGUUUAAGACUCACUACAUGGACUACAUGGAUUUUUAUCAUCCUGCAAAUAAUCUGAGACACAAGAAAUUAAUUCAUAUUGGCAUAUUUCUAACAACAUAAUCCAAGAAUCACUGUACACAACAUUUUCAAAACAGUGUGAAUGGCAGCUAUCAACAGAGUCAGUAUCAUAAAGGAGCAUUUAACUAUGACAGACUAAAAGCGUUUUUUCUUCUUUUUUUUCUCAUUUUACCCAUGCAGAAGUACAGCUAAUAGGCAGAUGUUCAUAGGGUUGACAUUCUCUAGUUUACUCUGAGUUAGAGGUGGAAGUGACCAAGUUUAAUCAUUUUGCUGAUUCUAAUGAUAAUGUUUUUUGUUCAGUUGUACACAGAGUCUGUUACUGGAUCUGAAACUGUUCAUUCAGCUCAGUCCAAAUCAAAAAUAGGCCCAUAUGAGCACUGUUUAUGAGAUUAUUAACUAAGCAAACACCUCUCUGCAACAGAAUCUGCACGUUAUGCUGCCUUUCAGUAAGCUAUCCAGAAAGUAAUCCACUGUAUCGCACAGCAGAGCUGACAGUGGCAUUUUGUAAAUCCAACAAUGACCGAUUUGUUGACAGUUCAGCUUUUACUCAAUAACCAGAUCCAACAGAGCACAGCAUGGAUUUUUAUGUCAUGUUAGGCAAUUCAUGUAAUUAGUAUUUUUGAAAAAAGACUCCUGUACUCUUUUUAGAUCUAGUUAACCAGCAGUACACUCUGUAUCCAUAUAGACUUUUGCGCAAUUAAAAGAAGGAAAGGGAAAGCAAAUACCACUGCAGGUAUUUUUGUCAUGCUCUAAAAUGUAAGAAUGGAAAAAAUGACACCACAGAUACUAUGAUAGUACAGAGAAGGUACACCAACAUUAGCUCAUUAAAGAACCACAGACAAGAGCUUGAACUACACCAAAGAAACUGUCAAAUACAACUUUAGUUGCAUUUCCUGCAUAAAUACCAUGUUGCAUUCAGUUGUGAUUGCAUCCGGUCUCAAAUAUGUAAAACAUCAAAUACAGAAGUCUUAAUCCUUAAAACAACAUUUCCUCUUCACCAAAAUGGCAUAUCUCUGCCAUGUUUAUAGAAGUUUCAAGAUGACAUAGCUAUAAAUUAACCCACAUUUCUAUAAUAAGUAAUGUCUGAUAGAGAUUUCAAACAUGCAAAGAUCUAACAAGGAAUGUACUGAAAGCUACAUUAAUCUAUGCAAACAUGAACAUGUUGCAGUUCCUCUCUGAGUGUGAUAACUCCUCCUUUACUUUCCUUGGUCUCAACAGGGGAUGAAAAAAAAUAUAUAUCAAAUUAUUUUAAUCUAUUAGUGGUAUUUAAAAAAAUAGUAGGUAUUCAUUUAGAAAAUGUCCAUAGUGCACCAAUAAAACUAUGACUCAUACAUGAGAAAUAGAAGAUGGCUGUACAUCCCACGUCUGAACCAAACUGAGUUUAGAGUUUUUCUGCUCAGAUCAUAUAUUUAGUUCACUUUCCAGUGAUGACUAAACCACAUUUUCGUAACACAACAUACCACAACAAAGGUGGAAUAGGUUGGAGACACAUUUUUUCAAGUGUCUUUCUGGAGUUUUGGUUCACAUUACAGUGAGUUAAGACUCCUGAUCACAAAAAGUAGAUGUGAUCAUGUUUGAGUAGGUCCUAUUGUACUGUCCUACCAGUACUCACCACUCUGCUGCUCAGUUUCUCUUCUUAGAACAAUUACUGCCCUCACUCACUGAUCAAAUGCAUGGUCAAAUAUGUUACUUAAAUUAAAAAAAACUGCAGUAACUGUAACAAUAAAAAUUAAGUAGAUCCUACGUGAAAAUACCAAGAAAAUGACUGCAGCCAACUUUAUUAGAGGCAUCAUACUCAUGACAUCAUACUCAUUUUGUGACUGAAGUCUGUGUGAGAAAUUAAUUAAUCAAACAAUGACUUAUUUUAAUAAUGUCAUUCAAGAAGAGAACUCAAUUAGAAUUCAGAGUUAAAACAGAUUAAAGGUAUGUAUAAAAUUCAUAGAAAAUAUCUAAAAUGAAGUGAACAAUAUGCAAAAGUUUUUUUCAAAAGUUAACAAAAGUUAGCUUUUUCAAAAGUUAAAAUUUUCACUUAAUUUUCAAGAAUGACACUUUGAAUCAGUUUGGAAAAUAACCUUUCUCUAGAUUACCGUGCACAUACAUUCACUAUAGCUGAAAUUAAAAAAUAUAUAAAAUAUAUAUAUAUAUACACUGUAACCAAAAAUAAAUGAUACAGGCCUGAGUCAUGGUCUGAACCCUAAUGCCUAAAGCAAAUGGCUGCUUGACUUGCUACUUCAAGUAAUAGAUAUUUAAGCAUACUUUCCAUUGACAUCAGUUGUCAUCAGUUGUCAUCAUAUAGCUGUGUCUGCUUUGUUUCUGAAUAGCAUGCUGUGUCGCCCUGUGGUGCCACCUCUACAAUUUGGCAAAAUCUUAUUAAAAUAAUCAAAGGAGUUUGUGAACUCAACUUUUUACAGAGUUUAAUCUGAGUUGUUGAGUUGAGUUGUAAUCUUGACAUGAAUCACUUAAUGUGAAGCACGUACAGGACGUGAAGUUUCAUCUGUGGUAGAGAAGAAACAAUCAGAAGUAAUUAGUAGUGGAAACAGUAUUUCUGUUUGAUUUCAUUUUAUUAGGUUAUAACAUAAAAGGAAGCAAUGUGUUUUGCACACAGUUCAAACAUGACAGAGUAAAAACAACAAACAUGAUUAUAACUUAUUCUCCACAGUAUUAAAAAGAGAAACAGAGAACAGCACAGUUUUAGGUUUGACUCUUUUGUUGGAAACAUACAUCAUAAACAGGGAGUUAAACUGCCCUUUGCUGUAUUUUUUAUUUAUUAAGGAUGUCUUUAUUUGUUAGUACCAGCCAAAAUACCAGCUUUUUAAACAGAGAAUUUACAGUAUAGUAGGACAGUUUUAAUACAUAAAAUCGAAACAAGCUGUUGAAGUCUAAACCACUGUAGAGAAUAAUAAUGGUCAUUACACAUCAGUGUAGUUGAGCUUUCAGUUCCUUUGACCUCUCUCCACCUCUGUUGCUGUGAAAUCCCUCAGUAGGUUUUGCUGCUUCCAGUCACAUUAUUCUUUGAAUUUAUAGUUGAUAGCAAAAACAAAUUUAGAUCAAGGCAUGUACAAAUGAGAAAUAUUCCUCUAAUGUAGCAUUUCUAGCAGGCUUGAAAAACUUGCUGAUACUGUACCAAAAGGAAAUUCUGUAGAUUCAUGGGCUGCAAAAUGUUAGCCUGAUUCUCAUUAUGGCAAUGCUUUUAAAUAUAGAAUACUGCAUUUUAACAUAGUAUUGGUCUAAUAUAUUCCUCUCCUAAGAAUAUUUUUGUUUAUUAAAUGUAUUUGUUCAUAUUUGGGGAAAUUAAUUAAAAUACAAGCUGAACAUGCUUAAUAUUUACAAGAGAUUAUUUUCAGCAUAAUAGAUGUAAGCACCAUUUGUUUUUCAGAGCUUCUUUGCCCAAACAUCAUAGCUACAUUGCUCACUAUAUUAAUUGCAGAGUAUGAUUUAAAGAAUUGUGCACGUUUUCACAAAGCUGUGUUUUAGGGCUAGCACUGAGGGUUCCUGCCUGCCUACUGGCAGGAUGGUCCAGUAGUUUCUAUGGGGCCUUCAGUUCCCACAGCUUCUGAACUCCUCUGAUUAUUUUCAUGAUCUGUGUUUAAAAAAUGCAAGUUUAUAUCGCUUUUCAAACUUUGUAAAGUGCAACUGAAAUGAUUCAUUUAAAUGUAUUCACAAGUUGUAAUUGUACAUGUCAGACAUUUUGUUGCAUUCCCCUCCUUGUAAGUAGCUACAGACUAGAAAUCGACUGCUGUAUUUUUCUGGCCAACAACCUCAAAGAUAUGAUCAUGUGAACAUGACAGUGAGGUUGUUACUAAUGAUAAUAAUGCUAUGUAUUGCAUUCAGCUCAGGCCAUAUAAAAAAACAUCUAUCACCUGUGUACAAUGUCAUUCUCUGUAAAUGUUGCUCAUAUUGUAUCGUGACUACUAACACAAUACACUGUGAAAAAAUAAAACAGUGCCUGGAAAAAGAUAAA